AUGUUGUGCCAAUAAUGAGAUAGUGUAGUGUUGUGAUGUGGUUAUGGGACAUGUGGGGUGUGCUGUGGGCGGUGGAGGCAGUGGCCCAAUUGGUGGCGGUGGUGGCAACGCCGCUGGAUCCGACAUCGACAAUCCCGCAAGGGCUGUCGCUGUCUCCAUUCGUGCGGCACUGGCAGCCGGCGGCGUACGCGCCGCUGGUCGACCGCCGCACGCGCCGCUCCACGCCCCCGCGACCGACAGCACCCCCCCUCAAACUCACCUUCCGGGCACAUAACAGGGAAUUCAAGUUGGUGCUGCAGCCGGAUCCCAGCUCAGUGUUUGCUGACGGCGUCCAGUUCCAGUCGUCCAGUGGACCAGUCGACUUCAACACUGGACAGGUCUACUCUGGCAAGCUCGAAGAUGAUGAUUCUUCGCACGUGUAUGGCGUCAUCACAUCUGACGGCCUGUUCGACGGGACGAUCUGGACGCCGAGCGAGGAGUACUACAUCGAACCAUUGUCCCGGUACAACGUCGACCAUCCUAACAUGCACAGUGUCAUCUACCGCCGAUCCGACGUGGAGGACCCUCAGCAAGCAGGGUCGCCAUGCGCUUCACAUCUCCUCCAUAUCAAAAAUACUAGACAACACCCCGGCGAACUCUUCAAUUUCACCGAACAUCGAAACCUACAAGACCUCAUUUCUGAUACACUGAAUAAUUACACAGAAGACUUGAGCACCGAAAUAAAUAGACGCAAAAAGAGAUGGCUCCCGGAAGACGAGAUGCAAGACGAUGAGCCAAAGAAAAAUCCCGAAUUACCUUUAGAUUUAAAUUUCACUUAUACGCGGAACACGGACGAAGAAAAGGACAGGAAAGAGUCAAGCACUAAGAAACCAAAACCUAAGUAUGAUAUAAGUAACCUCGUGACUAAAGUACGAUACGAUUCCGAAGAGUCGAGACGAAUGCUCGAUGAAAGGAAAAAAACUAUUUAUAUUACUAAGGAUUUAGUUAAGAAAGAGCCAAUAGGUACGUUGUCGGCCAACGGGACCGACGAUGGCCGCCACGUGAACAAGAGAGCCACGGUGGACCCUCGGAAGACGACUUGCCUUGUGUAUCUGCAAGCCGACCAUAUGUUCUUCCAGCGGUAUGGGUCUGAGGAGGCGUGUAUCGAAGUUAUGACCCGCCAUGUGCAAAAAGUGAACGCAAUUUACAAAGUUACAGAUUUCAAUCAAGACGGCAAGCCAGACAACAUCACGUUCAUGAUCAAAAGAAUAAAGGUGCACACACUAGACGCCCUGAAGGACCCCGCUUACAGGUUUCCCAACAACUAUGGUGUUGAGAAGUACUUGGAACUUUUUUCAGAGGAGGAUUACGACGCGUUUUGUUUGGCGUACAUGUUCACGUACAGGGAUUUCGAGAUGGGAACUUUAGGGUUAGCUUGGACUGGGGACCUCAAGAAUGCUGGCGGCGUCUGUGAGAAGAAUGGACACUACCGCGGCAGUAUGAAGUCUCUAAACACGGGGAUCGUGACGCUCCUCAACUACGGCAAACACGUUCCUCCCGCGGUGUCGCAUGUCACUCUUGCGCAUGAGAUUGGUCACAAUUUUGGAUCCCCGCACGAUCCCGAGCGCUGCACGCCGUUCGGUGAAGACGGGAACUACAUAAUGUUCGCUCGCGCCACCAGCGGCGACCGCAAGAACAACAACAAAUUCUCUCCUUGCUCCCUGCAGGCCAUCGACCCCGUGUUGAACAACAAGGCCAGGUCGCUCAAAGGCUGCUUCACAGAGCCGCAACCAGCGAUCUGCGGGAACGGCGUGGUAGAAGAGGGAGAGGAAUGUGACUGUGGCUGGGCGUCAGAAUGUACGGACGUGUGCUGCCGACCGCAGGCCGCCAGACCCAAUUACAAGCCCUGCACGCUCACCGAACACAGCGUCUGCAGCCCUAGUCAGGGUCCAUGUUGCACGGCGUCUUGCACACUCAAGUUCGGCGACAAAUGUCGCUCAGAUAACGGAUGUCGCGAUGCGGCGCACUGCGACGGCAAGCGCGCCGCUUGCCCCGCCAGCCGACACAAGCCCAACCGCACCAGGUGCGACAAGGAGCUCGUGUGUUACAUGGGGGAGUGUACCGGUUCAAUCUGCCUCGCGUACGGGCUCGAGUCCUGCCAAUGCGCGCCGCGCAAGGACGACCCCCGCUCCGCUUGCGAACUCUGUUGCCGCAAGCACGACGGCCCGUGCCUGUCUUCGUUCCAUUGGAAUGCACCACCGUACGACGUGCCCGAUAUGUAUGCCAAACCAGGCACGCCUUGUAAUGAUUACAAUGGAUACUGCGACGUAUUUCAGAAGUGUCGCGAGGUGGACCCCUCGGGGCCGCUGGCGACGCUUCGCAAGCUGCUCCUCUCAGACGAAAGUAUUGCUGGCUUCAAACGCUGGGUGCUCCACCACUGGUACGCUGUGUUGCUGAUCCUGCUCGCUGUCAUUGCUGUCUUGGUCGCGAGCACCCGUUUCCUGGGCAGACACGGCAAGAAGCUCAAGUCUGUGACCAUCAUCCACUCCUCCACCACAGAAACCGUCCGAUUACCUGAUGCCCCGGACCAAGGGCUCAUUGUACAUACGGCUGUCAGGUCUAAACUUCCUCUGAAGAAGAAAGUGGCUCUCCGGACCAGGGCUUACCGUAAUAAGAAGGACCUCAAAAAACAAGGCGAUAAACCAUCGCCGUCACACAACGCCAAUAAAAAGAGGAAGCCAAGCGCGCCGCCCAAACCUGAAGAAGGCCACAAAGUCACAAAAGAAAGCACAGCGAUAGUUACAAACGCAGACGGAAAAUCGCCGAAACACAUCAUACUGUCCAAACACAAGGGCAAGGUGAAAAAACGAAAACCGAAAGUAAAGAAAGAAACCAUAGACUACAGUUCCAUGCAGAAACAUCCUUCCUCCCCCAAUAAAGAUACCGAAGCAUUAACGAAAGUACAGAAAUGGCUCCUAAGCUCGCCACAGCAUGCAGCCAUACCGAAAUCAAAAUCUAUACCUCUAAGUCUAACAGAAAGGACGCAUAGACAAAUACAAAAGGGCACGAGAAAGACUAGACCGUCCAAGAGUGCAACUAACCUGCUGUCUGGCGAAAAAGCUAGACUGCAAGUCGUGUUCAAACCGCCCUUCCGAUUCAGUGUCAAAAUUUGUAAGAGUGAUAAAACAAAAGUAGUGUUAGACAAGUCGUCCAAACCCGACGUGGACCGCAAGCGCCACGAGGCCACAACCGCCGCAGCAGACCUCCCCAAAGCCAAUCCCUCCAAAGCCCCAAAACACUCCAACUCAACUAGACCUCUAGAAAAUAACCCCAUCGUGCCCAAAGUAGAGAAAUCACAGAAUCAAGAAAGCGGAGACCACGGGUACGUAAACCUGCCGCGAAGUGCCAGUGAUUGUAAAGUAAUUAAGAAUUCCGAUAUGAAAACUAGAAAUGGGCACAAAAAGAGCAAUUCAGUAGGACAUAGGAAGGAAACCACGGAAAGUCGCCAGAAUCUCAUCCCUCAGGAGGACUUAGAUAACGCUCACGUGUACGAGAAUAUAAUGAUGUCCCAGGAGGCGCUCGUGCCCAGGAGCUGCAGCAUGCCGCGCCGCCAGAGCGCGCUCGGCAUCGCGCGCCAGCGCAGCUACGGCCAGCUGCCGCGCGCGCGCGCCCGCCACAGCGCCAGCAACGUCAGCAGGCGGACCGACAGCAACAGUGAACUCGAACACUUCUACAGCGUCAUAGAAUCCUUGCGGAAAAACAACACCAAGAACGACACGUGUGACACUAACACCAGCAGUUCUUCUGGAAGUAGCCGUCACGAGGCAAUUCUGUCGAAAGGCGGCUCCAUGUCGCGGCCGCUGAGUCAAGGCAGGGACCGCCAGAACAGUCUAGUCGAUAAACCGCGGUCGAGUCCCGUCGACGCAAUUCACAAGCUGAAACGGCAGUCGAGUGAGAUAGGGUUGGAUAAGACGCAGCAGUAUGACGUGCGGGGCUUCCAGUUGGUAGUGGGGAAGGAUAAGUUGAAGCGACAGUUGAGCGACAACGAGUUAUGUAAGUCGCGAGUCCACAUGGCCAUGCCGAUGUCGGCGGGGGCGGAGCCGCGGCAGCCAUUCUGCUGGAACAAGCGCGCCAGCUUGGACUGCGAGGCGUCAUUGCCCGCCGCGACGCGGCUCUCAUCACGACCAAGCAAGAAGCGGCCCACAUACACAUUUGGCGAACUCAAGAACACCGUCCCGAAUGCCACGGAGCAGACUGUCGACGACCUCCACGUGUCCCCUGAGGAAUUCCUCAAUAUCAUCGACAACUGAUAUUCCGUCUGCGCCCUGCGCCGAGCGGUCCUCAUCAGUAAUAUGAACAAGAGAUUAUGUGUAUUAUAGUUAUACUGUAACGACUCGGCUGAUGUAAAUAUUGUAAUUUGCUUUUAAUAUUAGAAUUAUCGAACUGCCACUGAAACAGAUCAUCGCCCAGAUUGCCUAUAUUUUUCAGUAUUAAAUUAAUUUAUACUUUUUUUAUUUGCUUUUGUAUUUCAUACGUUUUUACGUGUAAAAAUUAUGGCCAAGUGUACCUGUUCCGAGCACUUAUGAACUUGAUCUGAUGACUGCAAGGCUGAGUCGGCCAGUGCUGUACAUUUCGUCUGACGAUGAUCUAGUUUCACUGAUCGAUCUCUAUGAAUAAAUCUCUAUUUUUUCUACAUGCUAUGUAUUGUACAAAUUUACUCAUACCUGUGUAAAGUGUUCAUAUGAUAUUAUGUUAAUACUUUACGUGACUUCUAUAAAUUCCAUUAGCUGUAUAAAUAAGUAGUACGUUCAAUAUUUACUUUUGUAUCCUCGAAUUAUUUUAUUUAGAUAGUCGUCAAUUAAUGUGUCAAUCUGUUGUACUGAUAAUUCAAUUUUGACACCAAACUAAUAAAUUUUAGGCAAAUAAGAUGUAUGUAUAAUGAUUUGACAUGGGAUUCCUAUUAUUUAUUUUUUUUAAGUUCCAAUCAUGGAAUUAGUAGGUACUCCGUACAUGAAGUACUUACUAAAUCCAUGGUUCCAGUGCCAGUACUUCGUAAUACGUAACUACAAUUUACGGGUCAAGUCAAAUAUCAAGAUUGAUCUUUUUUCUUAAACUAUCUACUUACUUACGUACCCUUUAGAUAAAAUUCGUAAAUAAUUUGCUUUUAUUUACCGUAUGUAAUAAUCGGAAUCCUAUGUGAAGCUAAUGAUAUCCAAAACAAUAAAUAAAACGAAAAUAAACUGUCAUAUAAAUAUUUUUCUAUAAAUAUUGGAUUUAACACAAACUAACACACAAUGUAGUAUUGUAGUCAGUAUAUAAUUUAUACUCGAAGUGGGGCUGUUUUUUUAUUUUUUAAGUUCUGCAAUAUCUGGGAUGGAAUUAAUUAUUCAAUCUAUUAGUAUGACAAUAUCGUAGUAAGUACAUUAUAAUAUGAUAUCUAAAUAUUGUAAAUGUUAAUACGCUGUCUAGGUGUUAGGUACAAAAAAUGUUGUAUUAUGUUCCCGCCUAUAUUUUGUCUUUCUGAUAAGAUUUUCUUUUACAAAUCCAAAGAAAGUUUAAAUCAAAACUACAUUUUUUUACGAAAUCUCGUAAUAUACAUAGUUGAGUGCUAUAUAUAGCAUUUGCAAAAUAUUUCUAUCUCAGAUAUAAUCGGAAUGUGUUCCAGUAAUUUUGUGAAUAUAGCGAGGUUGUCGCGAAAGCUUGCGGCUGUGGCACAGCGUUUAUGAGCUUCGUCGUAGGAAGUUAAGGGUAAAACAUAAAAGCUAAUGUAUAAAACUGAUUUCUAUUACGAUACUAAAAGUAUUGGAGGUGUUACAAAUUUGUAUUGAAGUUAUAAAUCUUCUAGACGGCCAAUUAUUGCAAUUAUUUGGAGCAUACUAUGUAUGAUUAUAUAAAUUUAUUCUAGUUGUCAUCUCGCUAUUAUUAUUUGGACGUAGCUCUAUGUAUUAGUAAUCUUCCUUAUAAUAUCGACUCAAAUAAUUACGUGUUAAUUGUGAAUUUCAAAUAUGUGUGAUUAGAUUCUAUGGAACUAUCUAAUGGUUUUGUAGUUUGUGAACCUAAUAAUUAUUAUUAUAUUAGUAGUGUUUCCAGAUUGUAUAAAUAUGAUAUAGUGUUCUCUAAAGGUUCUUUAUUCAACCACAUUAAAAUCUUGAUAUUAUCUGAUAAAAUCUGACCAUGAUCUCAACUGUAUUUGUUCCAAGUGCCUUAUGAACAAAUCAUUGCAUUCCUAAUAACAUUCCAAUCUGAAAAAUGUUAUUUUCUUUUAGCUACAUACUUUCUUUAAUUUGAAACUUAUACCUACUUGUCUGAUGGUGAUAUUCACGAUAACGUAAAUAAAUAAAUUUUGUUACAUUGUAUUUCGGUACUUAAUUAGUCUGUGAUAGAAUAUGUUUUUACAGUCUAUGUCUGUUGUACUCUUCUCAUGAUAUUUAGUUUAUUACUUCUUUUCACUGAUGUAAUAUAUUCAUAAACGACGAAUACAAAUUUGUAAUAAAUUCAUUUUCUAACAUUUACUAUUUUUUCUGCAUUUUUUAAAGAAUUAAAAGAAUUAAACAAUA